AUGCUUGAUAUACGCCUCUUUCUAGUCCUGGCAGCUGCUCUGUCGGCGUUCUUCUUCCGCCGCAAACAUGACCCCCGAGAACCGCCUGUUGUGGGCAGUUUCCCUCUUAUCGGCCAUUUAAUAGGCAUGCUCUGGUACGGCGUGUCUUAUUUCAAUCUCCUCGCACACAAACAUGCAAAUCUUCCCAUCUUCUCGCUCAAUAUUCUCGGCACAAAAUUCCAUCUCAUCGCCUCCCCCUCCAUUCUACAGGCCGUACAACGCAACAACAAGACCGUCACCUUUGAUCCAUUCCUGCAAUCCACCGCCGAACGCAUGGCAGGCAUUUCUAACCCUCAAACCCUACAGUUGCUGCGCGAGAAAUCCUCCGGUGGCGGCGGUCUCAACCAGACCGUUGUGCACGCCCUCCUCCCGACAUUAACAGGGAGACCUCUCGAUCGAAUGAACGAAAAGAUGGCCAGUCUGCUGUCUCCCUUGGUGGACGAGCUCGUCGAACAGGAUAACCAGGUAAUCGAUCUGUACGGGUGGUGCCGGCAUGCCAUCACCGUCGCCAGUACAGAGGCCUCCUACGGACCUUUAAACCCGUACAAAGAUGCAGAAAUUGAAGACGCAUUCUGGAACUUUGAAUCCAACAUGUCUCCCCUUCUGGCCAACUUCUUGCCAUCCCUCAUCGCCCGCAAAUCAUGGACAGGCCGCGAGAAAGCUGUCAAGGCGUUCAUCGCCUACUACGCAGCCAACGGACAUGAACAGGGCUCCGAACUCACCAUGGCCAGAUGGGAGACUCAGCAUUCCGCAGGAUUAUCCGGCGAAGAAAUCGCCCGCAAUGAAGUCACAAUGGGUAUCGGGCUGUUGUCCAACACCGUCCCAGCUUGCUUCUGGGUGUUGUAUAAUCUCUACGCGCGUCCGGAAUUGCUGUCUGAAAUCCGACAGGAACUCGCUACAAACGCAAUGAUCGUCUCACAUGAGAAUCAUCGCAUCAUCGACAUCUCCGCCAUUCGCGAUGCCUGUCCCCUCCUGCUCUCGACGUACCAGGAGAUCCUCCGCUACGAGUCUGCCAGCGCUCCCACCCGCUUCGUCACAGAAGAUACCCUCCUGCAAGACCGCUAUCUCCUCAAAAGGGGCAGCUUGGUCAACAUCCCAGGCGAACGGAUGGGUUGGAACGAGCAGGUCUGGGGUUCCUCGGCGGGGGAGUUCAAUCCACGACGCUUCAUCAAGUCAGACACGAACAAUAGCAAUACCCGUCGCAUUGGCGCCUUUGUCACCUUUGGUGUCUCUCCUGUCAUCUGCCCAGGCAGACACUUUGCUACUUCGGAGAUCCUCGGUCUGGUCGCCAUGAUGGUCUUGCGCUUCGAUAUGUUCCCUAUCAAUGGAUGGAAGACGCCCAAGAUUAACUCCAUGGCCAUCGCAUCCAGUAUGAGGCCCGUCCAGGGCCUGUUCAAUGUCAAGAUUGUGCAUCGCAAGGAAUAUCACGGCAGUUGGAGCUGUCGCGUCUCAGAGGGGACUGGCAUGUUCAAUCUGACGGUGGGGUAG